UUUGCAGACUGAGAAAACAGGAUAAUGGCAAAUUCUAGACAAAGAGACAUCAAGAAGGGAACACGCACGGGAAGGAGGGGUUUUUGUUGCCCUUAUAUGAACCCAUCAGAGUUUGAGCCGAGAAGCCAACAGGGAACCAGAGCACAGUGAUCCUGGCUCCUGUCUAUCCCUUGGGCUGGUGGCGUUGGGGGUCCGGGGUGAGGGAGGAGCAGUUCCUCACUGUAACAAAGGCCCGAGGGACUCCAGGCUCUCAGAGUUGUGCAACUAAGUGGGAAAGCCUGCUCAGCCUGCGGCUGAAGCGGAGGAAAUAUCCCGUGGUUGAUUGUGCCAAGGCGGCGACUGAUCCAGCCCCUAGCCUGCGGGCAGGGCGGUGACCCUCCGAGAUAAGCCAAUCCCUGGGCUGCAGGUGAGGAUCCUGGAGAAGCCUUGUUGGGGCAGAGGGAAUCAGUUCUCCAAAUAGGCAAGAGGUGAGGAAGGGAUUCUGCAGGCCAGUAUGGGAAGGAAGCCCGGAGCUUCCUAGAAAUACCUAGAGCCCGGUCCCUCCCUGGUAUUGUCUGCCAUUCUCCCUACAUCCUGAAGAGCUCCAGGGCUGGCCUCCCCCAGCGACUGAGGGACACAGCAGCAUGAGCCGGUCAAGGCAUGUGGGCAAGAUCCGGAAACGUCUGGAAGAUGUCAAGAACCAGUGGAUCCGGCCAGCCAGAGCUGACUUUAGCGACAAUGAGAGUGCCCGGCUGGCCACAGACGCCCUCUUGGAUGGGGGUCCUGAGGCUUAUUGGCACACUCUCAACCAAGAAGGAGAGGUAGACUUCCUGUCCUCGGCGGAGGCCCAGUACAUCCAGGCCCAGGCCAAGGAGCCCCCCAGUGGCCCAGAUCCAGCAGGAGGGGCUGAGGCAGGUUCCAGAGGACCUGACUCCUGCUCUGUACAGUCCGGCACCUACUUCCCCGUGGCUUCGGAAGGCAGCGAACCGGCUCUGCUGCACAACUGGACCUUGGCUGAGAAGCCCUACCUGAAGGAAAAGUCCAGCGCCACCGUGUACUUCCAAACGGACAAGCACAACAACAUCAGAGAUUUGGUCCGCCGCUGCAUCUCCCGGGCCAGCCAGGUCCUGGCCAUCCUGAUGGAUGUCUUCACAGACGUGGAGAUCUUCUGUGACAUCCUAGAGGCAGCCAACAAGCGAGGGGUAUUCGUCUGUGUGCUGCUGGACCAGGGAGGGCUGAGGCUCUUCCAGGAAAUGUGUGACAAAGUCCAGAUCUCUGAUACUCAUCUCAAGAACAUUUCUAUCCGGAGUGUGGAAGGGGAGGUGUAUUGUGCCAAGUCAGGCAGGAAAUUUGCCGGCCAAAUCCAAGAGAAAUUCAUCAUCUCAGACUGGAGAUUUGUCUUAUCCGGAUCAUACAGUUUCUCUUGGCUCUGUGGACACGUGCACAGGAGCAUCCUCUCCAAGUUCACCGGCCAGGCAGUGGAGCUGUUUGAUGAAGAGUUCCGACGCCUCUAUGCCUCCUCCAAGCCUGUGAUGGGCCUGAAGUCCCCGAGGCUAGUGGCCCCGCUCCAGCCCAGCAAGGGUCCGGGAGCCUCCAAUGGUCGCCUCAGUGGAAGCAGCGGCUCUGCCAGUGACCGCACCUCUUCUAACCCCUUCAGUAGCCUGUCAGCCGGCAGCAAUCCCCUCAACCACAGUCUGUCCAUAUCCUCAGGGCCGGCCAGCCCCCUGACCCCCAUCGCACCUGUGGCUCCAAGGCUUCAACCCUAUCACGGUCCCCGGAGAGCCAUGGCCCCACAGGCCUUAUUGGUCCCCAUGAGGCCCUAUGAAGGAUCACCUGUUCCCUACAGCACCUUCAUGGCCUAUAGGCCCACGCGGUUGCAGCUGCAGCAGCUCGGCCUGGUACCCAGGGCUAUUCACCCCUGGGGGCCUCUUCUACAGGCCUUGCCUCAUUUUUGAAGGGUCCUUUCCCCUCAUCGACUUCCUGGUGGGGGGGGGUGAGAAUUAGGCACUGCUAAAUUUUCUGAUGCAAAGGCUGUGCCUUAGCAACCAAUAGGAUUGAGCCUGAUCCCCUAUGAGCUAAAAGCACUGGUUGGGGAGAGGGGGAUUAUUACCUACCUCUAAA